UUUAAAUAUAAUGUAUUAUCCUUAGUCCUUCUAUCCUUAAAGAUAUCCAUAAUAUAGGUAAUAACCCUAUGGUGUACGACCCUAAGUACCAUAGUAAUGGAGACCACCAGUUUAUAAUGCUCCAUAAUAUCCAUAUCCAGGAUUAAGAAUACCGCCUACAUAAUAUCCCUGCAAUCCAUACAAUCCAUACAAUCCAUACAACCCAUACACUUCAUCCAUCAUACCACCUGCAUAUUAGCCAUAACCUAUGUUAAGUUAAAUCAUGUCUUCUCCUUAACGAUAAUUCUAAUCGCCAGAUCGUUUAAGAGGAGCAUAGUCACCACCUAGAAAUAUGUUGAUGCAAUCUCAACAAGUGCCUAAAUCACCUGCUCCUUAGCUAUAAUCACCAAAUAGACAAUAUUUAACAUAUGAUCAAGUACAAGAACGCAUCCGUAAUGCCUAACAGUAGCAACCUUAAAUUCAUCAUAAUCCAAAAUAAUGUUUAUUGUAUAUCUAAUUCAUUAGAAACACCAUAACCUAAGCCAAAUUAAUAAAAAUAACAACAACCUGCUCCUCCUAUUUAAAAUUAAUAGCCAACCUAAAAACCUAAACAAGAUGAUGAUUUAGAUAAGAGAUAUUAAAAUGCUCUUAAAAGCACAGAAUAAAUCAUAAAAAAAUAUUAGAUGGAUGAUUCUGGUAGUAAAGGUCGUUAAACUAAUUAAGAAAAUUAAUAAGCAGAAGAAGAUGAUGGCGAACGAUAAGGUAUAUAUAUAUAUUCCAUUCAAUUAUAGAAUUGGCAUUGUAAUAUGAGGAUGGAUUUAUUUAUAGAGGCUAGGGAUAUCCUCCAUAAACAAGGAGUGGUUUUGGUAUUUUAACUGAUUCUGAAGGAUAACAGAUUUAUGCUGGAUAUUGGAAUGAAAAUUUAUAUGAUGGUUAAGGAAGAUUGACAAAUCUUUAGAUUGAAGAAUUAAAAGAACCUAUUGAUUGGAACAAUAUGACUACUAUUGGAAAUGGAUGGGCAUCAUAUGAAGGUAAAUAUAUUUAAUCAACAACUUAGGAAACUUUUCUUAAGGAAAAAUGCAUGGAUAAGGAACACUUAUUUUAUCUAAUGGUGAAUAAUAUUUUGGAGAAUUUGAGGAUGGAAUGGUACAUGGUGAUGGAGAGUUCACUAAUCUUGAUGGAUAAGUUAUCAAAGGUAAAUGGGACUAGGGAUACUUAAUUUAAUUAUCAGAAUAAGAUUGAAAUCAUUAAAAUAAAUUUUACAUAUAUAUAAAUUCAUUCAUCAAG